AUGUCUACUGAAAAGAUUUCCAAAGAUGUUAUAGGUGAAGUUGUUUCGUUAGGCAAACUGGAUUCCCAUGAUGUUAGCAUAUCGAAACAUAGGCUAACUUUACAAAUUAGAAACUUAGAAGGUUUGCAGGUUAACGUCACAUUGUUUGCAGAUUUCGCAUGCCAAAUGAUUUCUUAUCUUGAAGCUCAUAAGCAAGUUGGUCGUGUGGUUAUUAUUUUGCAGUUUGCAAGACUUAAUGUCUAUAACGGAAUUCCUUCUGUUAACAAUUAUUUUGAUCACACACGUAUGUUCAUAAAUGCUGAUCUUCCCGAAAUUGUGGCCUUCACAGAUAGCUUGGUUGGAUUACGAAGAAUUCAAAACCCUUCUUCUUCUUUGACUUUUGAUAGCUCUCAAUCAUACAAUGAAUAUGAAGACUUUUUGAAUAAUCACAAAGUAAAAAAUAUUGUCGAUUUGCUAGAACCACAAGAGGUCGGGAAAUUUAUCAUUGUUGGUACAAUUUACGGUAUACGACAAGAUAUUGAUUGGUAUUAUGAUGCGUGUUCAAACUGUGAAAAGAAAGUUGAUUGA